ACUUCACCUACCGCCACGGUCGUUUCAAGUUUCAAGCUUUCAGAAUUCGAACCCAGAAAACCUUAUUUCUCUCCAUAUCCGGCUGCAACUCCCGACAGUCAAAGCCCGUCGAGCUCCAGCCACCUGGCCUUUCAGAUCCGUCCCCACAGCAAUGCUCUGUUCCGUGCCAGCGACCAAGUCCGGGUCGAACUGGCUGAACCGGCUCCGGUCCAACAAGGGCUUCCCCACCUGCGAGAGUUCCGACCUCGACCACUUCCUUACCCGAAACCUAAGCUCUUCCUCGGAAUUCCCGAAUCCCAAUGUUGUCUCACCAUCCACAGAUUCGACUCGCCCGGAUUCGGACCGAGUCGAUAAUCGCUACGAAACAUCGUUCCCCAACCGAGACGACCAGAGAGGGGCAAUCAUCGGGAUGAUGAGCAAUGUUCUGUCGGAGCUAUUUUUCAUGGGCGGCGCCGACGAAAGCUCUAAAAUUUCUGGGAAAAAGAUUCCUAGAAAGCAAGCAAACCCCAGAGUCUGUGUCGCUUCCUCGACCAACUCCAAUGGCGACGCCACUGCAAAUGCAGCGGAAGAGAAGAGCUCCGGCUGCGAGCGGAAUGUCGAAAAUGCCGUCGACAAGUCGGCGUCCGAUAACAGCAGCUUGGUGGGGAAGAAGAAGAAGAAGAAGAAGAAGAAUGAAGUAGGAGGGAAUGUGGGUGGUGGGGAAUGUGAGGGGGAGGAGGAGGAGGAGGAGGAAGAUAAGGGGGAGAUGAAAGGGUAUUCGAGAAGCGAAGUGACGGUGAUCGAUACGAGCUGCGGGGUUUGGAAGACGGAUAAGUUGGUGUUUAGGAGGAAGAAUGUGUGGAAAGUUAGGGAGAAGAAGGUCAAGGGGAGGAGCUCAGGGAGACAUAAGAGGAAGGUGGUUGAUGAGGAACAUGUUGGUGAUGACAUUGACAAAAAGAAAGCUAAGGUUUCAGUUUCGGCUUUGGAUGUUGAAGCUGGUGGGGAUGAAUGUAUAGCUCUCAACUCCAUUCAUGAAGGACAGAAGCCGCAAAAUGACAUGCUAGAUAAUCUUAAUGACAGAGGGGAAGAAUUCGGCAAAUACCUGCCGGAUAAUAAAACCAAAGAUAGAAGAAAAGGGUUUCCUUUCAACCGAACAAUGAGAACUUUGGAAAAGCGUGGCUCCUCUGUUAUAUGUAUUAAAGGCAUUCCUACAGAUAGUAAAAAAGGAGGAAAGCUUCAUAGGAAGUGUCUCAAGGACAGCCAAAAACAAUACAAAGCUUGAUUGACCAGAGACCGGAAAAAGAGUUUUGCACCAGAAAGAGCUAACUAUCGGCAAUGCAACAACGUAAUAUGAUGGUACCAGCGGUCUUUCUUUAAGUGCAAAGAUUCAGUUGAACAUGUCAUCUCCCUCUAGAAAGAGUGGUGGAGGUUCGGUCACGCACAGGGCUUCGAGAUGGCGGUGCCGAUGAUCACGGUGCCUGAAACAAAUAUCAUAGUAGAAGCUAUUUUCCCCAGAAGGAGUUUAUAGUUUUAAAAGUUUUGCAAACCUACUGAUACGAAAUGGGAAAUGAUUAAACACGCCUCUUUUCUCCUUCUACGCAGCUCAAGGCCUAUAUUUUUUUUUGCUCAC